AUGAGAGGUCUGCGGGGGAGGGGCAAUGGCAGCACAAGCGAUGUCGUCUCGCAGGUGGAUGACCUCACUCAGAAGGUGCGGGCACUGCGGGGGGGCAGGUUCCAGCGUCCCGCUCUUCGCAGGGUGCGCAUGUCGGCCGACGCCCUGCUGAGGGCGCUGCUCGGAAACAAACACAAAGUCACCCUGGACCUGAGAGCCUCUCUGAAGCAAGUGAAUAAAGAGGAGGAGAAGGAUCACAGGGAUCUGGGUGACUGGAGAAAGAACGUCGAAGCAUUGUCUGGAAUGGAGGGAAGGAAAAAGAAGUUUGAGACAACCGGCAGGAUUGUGUGAGUGUGAGAGAGAGAAGAGGGAGGAGAGAGCGGGGAGAGACAGAUAAAGCACAGGGAA